GGAAGAUGAAGCAACUUAAAUUAGUGUGGAUGUUAGCCACCUUAAUAUCCGAGUUCUUCACAUAUGCCAAAUCAACAGAUACAAAAGUAGAACUUCAUCCAAGAAACCUACCAGGCUGGUUACUGAAUGUUGAUGAAAAUAAUGAAGUAAGGCUCGUGAAAAAGAAAACAAAUGAUGAUUCUGGACUGUGGACAGUUCAGUCACCAGGCCUUACUCUUCAACCCAAUACAGUUUCUAUCCAAUACAAUGCUAAACCCGGAUAUUUCCUGCGUCGCAACAGUGGAAAGCUGUACAUCCAAAGUUCUGGAAGUGACUCAAGUUUUGAAGGAGGUUCGACUUGGUUAAUGCUGAAGGAUGAAUAUUUUCCAAGGACUUUUGUUUUUCAAUCAACGCACAGUGACAAACGUAUUAUGCAUUAUACCAGUACUGAUGCACAAGAACUUAAGAUAGCUGGUGAUGAUGGCACGGAUGGUUUCAAGAAUGCUGCUAGCUUCUACCAAGUGCCUUGGGGCGAUCCCAUUCAUUCAAUAGGGGGCCCAGUUCAAGAUUAUGGAACACCACCAUUAUUGGGAAAGCUUAACAUCUUGGCAGACCUGACUUUUCAAGCACAUGGAGAAGUUCUUGUCUGGGAAUAUUUUGCUGAAAAUACUUACAAGUUCUGGGCAGACAUCUGGAGACCAUUGGUUGAUGGUGGCUUCAAGCUUAUUGGCAAAAAUGAGAUAACUCCCCCGGGAACAGGGCUCCAGUCCUAUGUAGUUCCCUUUGGACAAACAGUCAUGUUUCAACCUGGAGAUGUAAUAGGAGCGCAUACAUCAAACGAAAAAAAUUUAGCCUUAAUAUAUAAGGGACGUUCUGGUACAUCUGGUUUACAUGAGAAGACAUAUAGUCAGUUUACAGCAUUAGGGAAAUUUGACUAUGAUUUACCAGUGGGGGCAGCCGUAACUGGACCCAAAAGCUGUUGUAGACUGAUGCCUAUCAUGGCAUACAGUCAACAAGUGACACCUAUAACAUUCAACAUAAAGCAUGGUGAAGGGAGUCUAAUCAGUAUGAAGAAAGACAAAAUAACAGACGGCAAUCUCAACACAUGCAUCAAUAUCAACAUUGGAACAAGCCUGAAAUUUGAUGAAGACAUUUCUGGUGUUGAUUACUCAGAAUACAACAUCGUUCUCUACACUCAAGGUUUAUCUAGUUGCGUAUCUAAUAAAACCAUAAUUGUGUACCAAGAAACAACGGGUUCUUCGGAGGAUUUCACUGGAUCCUUCAAAAUUUGCGAUUUCUUGGACUCUAAAGUUGUAGAGACAUAUAAUGGUUUGGUAACAGGUUGUAAGUGGAGCUGUAGCUGUGAAGCAAAUGUUUGUAAAAAAGGUUAUGUAGCAAUUGUUGCCAAAUCAAUAUUGUGUGAUAUAUAUAUCAAUUAUUAAAAAACUGAGAUGAGAUGAAUAUACAGUAACGUGAACAAUGAAUUACAAUUUGACAAACACUGACUACGGUUGGGGAAUUUACUCGAUACCUACAUUGUCCCAUUGCCUGUAGCCAAAAGAAAUUAUCUAUAUUAUUUUUCAAAAAUGUGACAAUCACUAUUUGUUUUAUAAUGUCAUGUAUGUACCAUAUAUAAUAUAUAUGCAUUCAGUAGAAAAACAAUUCAAGAGUAUUUUCUCAAUUUCGAUAUAUAACAUAGCAUUACAUAGACAUUAAAAUGCAUUGGUCUUUAUGCUGCAAAAAUCCGUAAUAUUGCAUUGAAAGACUAUUUUUCUUAUCUUUCAUGGCUGUCCCGAG